GUCCAAAAUAAGCGACUGUCUUCGGUUUGUGUAUCGGUUGCUGAGCUAACAGCUGCACCAAGUGUGUUUUGAUUGUGUUUUGCCUCCCAUGUGCAGUUAUCAUGAGCUCUGGAGGAUAUUCUCUGCCUUGAAGGAACACUGUAUGACAGCUGGACUUAUAGAUGUAGCUCUUAGCCUGCUUUAGGUGUUUUUACACCGUCUAUAUGUUCUUAGUGACAUAUCACUAUAAAUAAAGAUGAUAUGGGAAUUGGAUUUAAGUGGCUGCAGCUAGCCAUAAAAGUCUCUUGACUCUUAGUAAACAAUAUGAUUGUAUCUCAAUCAAGCUGCAACAAUGACUUGAUUGAUUUGAAGAAUACUGUUAAAAAUAACACUUUAACUCUUUAUUUUCUUAAGAAAUUAGCUAAAGACAAAUCCUUAUUAUCUGAUGCAGUAUACUGAAGAGUUGCAAUGUCUUCAGCAGUAGGCUUAGUAACACAUUGAACUUGUGUUAAUGGAGCAACAGCUGCCAGUAUCAGAAUUGGCCCACCUGUCAGUUCUGCUGUAAAUCAGGUCUGACCCAUGACUGAGUACUAUGAGGAGGGGGGGCUGCUGUACGAGCAAUCACCUCCCAUGCACAUCAAAGUGGAGUCUCCGGAGGGACCCUUUGGAGGGGGAGCCUCAGAAAACGGCUUCCCCAGGGAGGAUGAUGACUCCGAGGGCAGCUGUGACCAGAGCAGUGGCUUGCCUGGAGGACUCCCCUUCAACGUGGUAGUGGUGCAUCCCAACAUCAUGGCACCCGGCAUGUCCUCAGACGACCUCUUGUCUAUUGAACAAAACAGAGCUAUGUCAGCUGCGCUGGCUGCUGGUGGUGCGGGAAAAAGAAAGAGUCGUUUCAGUGGAGCAGAGCUGGAGGUGUUGGUGUCAGAAGUCACUCGGUGUGAAGGGGAGCUCUUUGGUCCUGCAGGGAGACUCCGCAGACGGGAGAGAGAGCGCAUCUGGGCAGGCAUCCUAGAGAGAGUCAACGCCGUGUCCAGAGUCCCACGCACACUUCGAGAGGUGAAGAAGCGCUGGGACGACCUAAAGAGACGCAACGGAGGCCGGCUGGCUGAUGCCCGGCACCGCACCUGUUACCUGCCAUCCAGCAGAGGAGCUUCGAUGCUUGGCCAUCCUUCACAGUCUAGCCCCAGGCUUCAGCAUGCCCGGCAAAAGCAAAGCACCAGACCAAAGCCCAGUUUCCCAUGCUUCCCUGACUCUGAUACAGGUGUUGGUGGCGAAGGGUCAGAGAGAGAUGCUUUGGACAAAGACGAAGACAAUCCUGAGCGUGACAAAGAGAUGGGAGAAUCUGAGUGUGAACCAGUAGAGAACAGCAUGGAAGAAAAAUUGGGAUUAGGGCUUGGUCUGGGCAUAGGACCCCCACCUCCUUCAGAACGAUGGUUGCCUCCUUCCCCCCUCUACAGUGCUCCUUUCCUCAAUGGCAGCCCCCAGCCCAGUAGUCCUCAGCCAUCACUCGGAGCACAGCAGGGGCCUCUUGAAGAACCUCCGCGCAGCUCCUGGCUUGAAGAUGAGCUUCGAGGGUUAGGGGAGGCAGCAAUUCAACUGGGAAAUCGGGUAGAAAAGAGCCUGCUGGAGUUUGGGGAAGGUUUCCGACAGGACAUCAGAACACUUGUUGCUUCACAAGAGACACUAGCAGGCAGUCUACAACAAAACAAUGUCCUCUUGCAAAGGCUUUUAGGAGUGCUUGAGGCCCAGCAGCAGCCACAACAACAUCGUGUUCAACAAGCACACCAGACGCAAACAUCGCAACAGCCCUUACAGCCACAGGCCGCUCAGCAGCUACAACACACAGAACCACCGCAGCCUCAACAACAGCGGAUUGAAGCACCACUGCAAACACAACAUCAGCAGCAGCCACUGGUAGUACAUCAGCAGCAGUCACUGGUGGUACAACAACAGCAGCAAAUACAGCAGCAGCCACAAGUCCCCCAGCAACCAACUAAUCAGACAACUGUGGCUGUAGUUCCUGCAUCAUCAUCCCCUGAAGAACUUGGCACUUUUCCUUUGGAAGCACCCACAAACACAAACAGAAGUGUACAGAAGCCACGGCGAGGAAGAGCUGUUGAUCACAGGCGCAGAAGACGGCGCUGA